CUUUCUCCUCUCUCUUCUCUCUCUCACACCCCUCCGACCCCCUGCGACGGCGUGCGGCGGCCCAAUCCGACCGGACCGUUUUGAUUUGUUUGCGCGCUUCCAUCAGAUUGUCAGUUGAAAGUCUUCCCCCUUUCGUUUCUUCCACUGUCCCACAGCUUCUCUUCACUUCCGCUUCCUCUUCCUCUUCCUCUUCCUCCGGAACCCUAAUCAUGGCGGUUCUCAUCGAUUUCACGCACUAGGAUUCGCAUCACUGCUCAUCCUUUCCCCAAUCAAAUCGGCAUGGCCUCUGUUGAGAACCCCGGCGGCCCCGAAUCGAAGGAUCAGGAGGCUGCUGCUGAUGACCCCCCGGUUGACAAGUACAACGUUGAAGCCGCCGAAGCUUUGGCAAGCGAGGUUCUGCGGCUGCCCAUUGCAGAGGCGGUGCCGAUAUAUGAGCAGCUUCUUGGGGUCUUCCCUACAUGUGCCAAAUAUUGGAAGCAGUAUGUGGAAGCUCACAUGGCCGCGAACAAUGACGAUGCCACGAGGCUAAUAUUUAGCCGCUGUUUAUUGAAUUGUCUCCAAGUGCCUCUUUGGCGUUGUUACAUUCGUUACAUUAGGAAGAUCAAUGACAAGAAGGGGUUAGAGGGCCAUGAAGAAACUAGGAAAGCAUUCCUUUUCAUGCUCAAUUAUGUAGGAGGUGACAUGGCAGCUGGGCCUGUGUGGAUGGAGUACAUUGCUUUUCUGAAGUCAUUGCCGGCUCUAAAUGCCCAAGAAGAAUCACAAAGAAUGACUGCUAUUCGAAAAGCAUAUCAGACUGCUAUUGUUACGCCUUGCCAUCAUAUCGAACAACUCUGGAAAGAGUAUGAGAAUUUUGAAAACUCAGUCAGCCGUCAAUUGGCAAAAGGGCUAGUAUCAGAAUAUCAACCAAAAUAUAACAGUGCGAGAGCUGUCUAUAGAGAACGGAAGAAAUAUGUUGAUGAGAUUGACUGGAAUAUGCUUGCAGUACCACCUAGUGGCUCCUACAAGGAAGAAAUGCAGUGGAUGGCAUGGAAGAGACUUUUAGCUUUUGAAAAAGGGAAUCCUCAAAGGAUAGAUGCUGCAUCUGCCAAUAAGCGCAUUGAAUUUACCUAUGAGCAGUGUCUGAUGUAUUUAUACCAUUACCCUGAUAUAUGGUAUGAUUAUGCGACUUGGCAUGCAAAAUCUGGUUCCACUGAUGCUGCUAUCAAAGUAUUUCAGCGAGCAUUGAAGGCUCUACCAGAAUCUGAGCUGCUUAGAUAUGCAUAUCUAGAGCUGGAAGAAUCCCGUGGUGCAACGCCGGAAGCAAAGCAAGUGUAUGAGAGCCUUUUUACAGAUGGCACAAGAAAUACUUCCCUUGCGCAAAUACAAUAUAUUCGCUUUUUGAGAAGGACGGAAGGUGUUGAAGCAGCUCGGAAGUACUUCCUAGAUGCUAGAAAAUCCCCCAACUGUACAUACCAUGUUUAUGUUGCAUAUGCUAUGAUAGCCUUUUGCCUUGACAAGGAACCCAAGAUGGCACACAAUGUUUUUGAAGCUGGUUUGAAACGUUUUAUGAAUGAACCAGCCUACAUACUUGAGUAUGCAGAUUUCUUGUCCCGUUUGAAUGAUGAUAAAAAUAUUCGUGCUUUAUUUGAGCGCGCUUUGAGCUCACUGCCGGCAGAAGGAUCUGUGGAGGUUUGGAAACGAUUUGUUGAAUUUGAGCAAACCUAUGGGGACUUGGCCAGCAUGUUGAAGGUUGAGCAGAGAAGAAAAGAGGCUCUUUCUGGAACCACGGAAGAUGAAGCCUCCGCAUUAGAGGGAUCGUUGCAGGAUAUUGUGUCACGUUAUAGGUUCAUGGACUUAUGGCCAUGCUCUUCUCAAGAAUUGGAUCAUUUGUCACGACAGGAGUGGCUUACAAGAAAUUUCAAUAAGAAAUCGGACAAGCUAGCAGUAUCUAAUGGAGCUGGAUUAAUGGAAAGGGGCUUGUUGGGCCCUUCAACCUCAUCUUCAGAUGUUAUAUAUCCAGAUACUUCUCAAAUGGUCGUAUAUGACCCAAGGCAAAAAACAGGGAUGCCAACCCCCAUGGCAACGGGACCUGCAGUUGCUGCUCCUUCUAACAUAACAAAUCCUGUUCCUGUUGGUGUGGGAGGAAAUAUUACGAAUGCAUUCGACGAGAUACUAAAAGCAACCCCUCAAGCAUUGGCAGCAUUCUUAGCAACCUUGCCUGCUGUUGAAGGUCCGACACCGGAUGUGGACAUUGUAUUAUCUAUAUGCUUACAGAGCAACAUACCAGCAGCUCCAAUUGGAAAACCGGGAGCUCCCCAGAAGCAAUCUUCUACAGGUCCUGCUCUGAGUGGUAGUGAAGUUUCUACCUCGAGCAAGUCCCAUCCCGUCCGGAGCGGUUCAUCUUUCAAACAGACUGGGGACAGGCAGGCCAAGAAAAGAAAAGAUUUAAACAGACAAGAGGAUGAAGAGACGACGACAGUUCAAAGCCAGCCGCUCCCGAGGGAUGUCUUCAGGAUGCGGCAGAUUCAGAAGGCUCGAGCUGCUACUUCCUCGCAGACGGGUUCCGCUUCUUAUGGAAGUGCUUUCUCCGGAGAUCUCUCCGGGAGCACGGGAUAAGAGCAUGCCCCCUGCCCCCCCCCCCCCCCCCCCCCCCCCUUUAUUUUAUAGGACUUCCACAUCUUUUAGUCUCGGGUUCGAGGUUGACGAUUUUGGAUCUGCUGUUUAUAUACGAGUUCCGUAUCAUUUGUUAUUUGCAGUUGUUGGUGCGGAUCUGUGAGAAUGUGUUCCAAUUCUUUCUCAAAUAAUGUAAGCCAUUGCCCGCUUCCUUUC